CUUUACUGUACAUUGAAUUUUUUAGUGAAAUAUGAUUAGUGCUGAAGAUCAAAACAACAGCAAUAACAAUAAUAACGAUAAUAAUAACAAAAAAAAUUUGGUCAGAAGGGUUUUGUGGCAGUAAAAAAAUGUAGUGAAUGUGGCGAAGCAAUAGCGGCAGCCUUGAGACAAUGCCCUUUCUGUAAAAGGGAUUGCAUUAAAAGGAGAAAGGUUGCAAGCAACAAAACUUGCAACCUUACAAGAAGUAAGAGGAAGAUCGGAGACAUUAGCAAUAAUAUGAAGGAUGUCCUCGGUUACGAUGUUGCAGUUGUGUAUGUGCGAAAAACACCAUUUAAUCGCACAUACAUUGACAUCAAGGCAACAAACGGUCGCAUGACCGAUUUCCUAUUUAAUGAUGGUGUGUUUACCAGACAAGGGCAAGCAUUGUCAAAGUUUUUUGAAAGUCUCCACAAAGAGUGUGAAAGUGAGCAAUGUGAUGGAGAGGAACAUGGGGAGGAUGUAGAGCAGAUUGAAGGACUCGAAGAAGAGGUGUGUGAUCAAAAUACAGAUACUGAAGAUGGAAACGCUUUUGACUUUUUAAAAGAAACUUAAAGCCGUGGCAUUCGUCAAUUUUAUUGACAGAUAACAUUUUGGUUUAUUUUGUGUUGUGUUUUUUUAUUAUUAGUAUUAUUAUUUUUUU